AUGCCGGAGCCGUGCCUGAGCUGCCCCCUCACUGUCCCCUCCCAGCUUGCCCAGAAGUACGACCCGCAGAAGGAGGCCGAGCUGCGGACAUGGAUCGAGAGCGUCACGGGGCAGCAGAUCGGGCCUGAUUUCCAGAAGGGACUGAAGGAUGGGGUGAUCCUCUGCGAGCUCAUGAACAGGCUGCAGCCCAACUCCCUAAGGAAGAUCAACCGCUCAGCUCAGAACUGGCACCAGCUCGAGCACCUCUCCAACUUCAUCAAGGACAUGGCCAAGACGAAGGGGAUGCAGAGCGGCGUGGACAUCGGUGUGAAGUACUCGGAGAAGCAGCAGAGGAACUUUGACGAGGCUAAGAUGAAGGCUGGGCAGUGCGUGAUCGGGCUGCAG